CCUCCUGAGCCGGCUGCAGGGCCAGCAUCAAGCGAUGAGCCGAGCCGGGACCCCCGGGGGGGCCGUUUGAUCCCCGGCCACCAUGACUGAGUACAAGCUGGUGGUGGUGGGGGCUGGCGGCGUCGGCAAGAGCGCGCUCACCAUCCAGCUCAUCCAGAACCACUUCGUGGACGAGUACGACCCCACCAUAGAGGACUCGUACCGGAAGCAGGUGGUGAUCGACGGCGAGACAUGCCUGCUGGACAUCCUGGACACGGCCGGGCAGGAGGAGUACAGCGCCAUGCGCGACCAGUACAUGCGCACGGGUGAGGGCUUCCUCUGUGUCUUCGCCAUCAACAACGCAAAGUCCUUUGAGGACGUGCACCACUACAGGGAGCAGAUCAGCAGGGUGAAGGAUUCGGACGACGUCCCCAUGGUCUUAGUUGGUAACAAGUGCGACCUGCCCUCUCGGACGGUGGACACCAAACAGGCUCAGGAGCUGGCGAAGAGCUAUGGGAUCCCUUUCAUUGAGACCUCAGCCAAAACCAGGGAGUGGAGGAUGCUUUCUACACGCUGGUGCGGGAGAUCCGGAAACACAAGGAGAAGGUCAGCAACGGACGCAAGAAGAAAUGCUCCAAGAAGAAGUGUGUGAUCCUCUGAGGGACAGACUGGCGCGGGAGCGGCGAGGAGCCUUCCGCCCCCGCACCCUUCCCCUCCUGAGCCCCUUUUGGUGUGUAAACUCCAGCAGCGCAGCGUCCAGCAACAUCCUGAUGCUUGGUUGGUUUUGGAGCAGCUGGGAGGAGAAGGCAGCAGAGACUAGGAUGUGAUUCUCUUUUGGUUUCGUGGUUCUAUUCAUCCCUGAAGCUCCAACUAAAAACAAGUUUCAAAACUGCACCGAUCUACCCUACCCUACCCCCUGACAUCGGCCCAGAGAUGCCCUUCGGUUUGCUGGCUGUUUUUCAUAGGAGAAGGAAACAUCCCCUGAAACGACUGAAGACAGAAGCGCGGGCAGCAAAAUCCCAUGAGCUGAGGGGUUGUAAUUCCUCCCUGUCUGAUCAAACACCAGGCUGUGGUAACACAGACGCUAGUGUGGUUGAAUCUCUGGUUCCGUUAGCAGCUCUUUGGUUUGCUCUGCAGUUGGAGAGCAGGUCUUCACCGGGACAGGAACAGCUGUGCUACCUGUGGGUGCGAUGGAGGGAGAGGGUAACUUGUUCCCCAGAGAAAUAAGUGCGUCCAGGCCAAGUGCAGUUUGCAACAGCUGGAGGCUUUGGAAGUCCUGCAGUCAGGAAGGGUGCCAGGUUCUGGGGAUGUUGAUGGCCCCACUCCAUUGACGUACCUGGUGGGUGGGGAGCCAGGGACCACGGUGGGUUUGGGUCCCUCAGAGCAGAGAUGUAAGAAGGUCUAUAGCUGUGUUUUGAGGGGAGUGAUAGAUUGGGGUUACCCUCUGUUCCUCUCCUGCUGCUUUGGCUGUUCCUGGGAAGUUUUUGGAUUGAGAGAGGAUCCGGCGGCUCAUGGAAAUGGGUCAGCUGUGUAUGGAUGCUCUGUUUCUGGGCCCCCCCACUGAAAGGCAUUUCUCCCCCGAUGCACUGUGCAGAGAAUGGGAGCUGCAAAUAAACCAGUGAAGAAGUCAACC